AGCGGGCAAAAGCCCGUUUCAGGAAUGGCCCAAAUCUAGGGGUCUCGGCAGGGGUCGACCCUGCUCAUUCUUGAAAAUUUAUCCAGUGGGAACUGCUGAAUUUUGUGCGAAUCGCGGGCGAUAUGCAAAAAAGGGCGCCCGCAUCGAGUCCCCUGGCGAUGUCUUUGCUCGGACAUUCCCGCAGAAGCUGGCUGUAGUAUUUCAGUACCCUCGGGCCGCUUCUCGCUUGCCUGUGGAGGCGCCGCCGCACCUCGCCUAUUCGGACCACGUAACGACCCGAGCCCAUUGGGCCCCGGUUAUGAAUGUUCCAGAAAGGGCCACACCUAGCGAACUAGUUUGGUGCGUGGGGUUGGUAGUCCUCGGCCCGUCUUCGUUGGCCGGCUCCAUGGCCGGCCUCUCGUUUUUUUCUUAUCGAGAAGCGGGCGGCCGCGCUAAGACAUACAGUGUGUCGCGCCCUCUGCUUCUGAUAGUUUUGAAGUAGUAUGCCUCGCGACCUGCCAUGCGCUAUCCAAAACAAAAACAAAAAACAGGGCGCCCGACGCCUUACCGUUUUGAAUUCUAGACGCCAAAUUUUGCUCAUUUUCUUAUUCUUGAAAUUUUCAACGUAGUAGCAGAUUCGCAUGAGAUGAAGAAUCAUCCGCACCACGAAGAUUGAUCCUCUCUCUACUAAGCAUCCAGUCACCAGACCGCAAGAUCAAAAAGCAAAGUAGCGCUGAAUACUCAAGACGAGCAUCAACUUACUACCUUCCUUUUUUGCCUUUGGUUUUGAACUUCAGCGACAAAAACAACAAAUCUUCUUCUAGAGCUGACCUUUAGAGCACGACGAAUUUUACUUGUAGAGUGAGAGUUUUGAGUUUACAAUCACAGUAUGAGCAUAAAGAUUUGACUUCGAGUAGAUCUAAAGUCAAGUACGUAGAUUUUCUGGUAUCAAAAAAGCAGCAAGGCAAGAUGGGGCUCGAGGCGGUAAUGAUUUGCGUCGACAACUCGGAGUGGAGCCGUAUUCGCUUUCUUGCAAUACAAAGAUUUUUCCGCAGGGUAGCAUGAUGUAGUAUGCGAAUUAUUGCAUGACAGACGCCAUUUGUUCAUCUAGUACCACCAUACGCAUGACAAAAAAAGACAAACACGGUCAAGAACCUACCUAUAACAGGCAACUGUGACUACACCCCGUCUCGGUUCGACGGUCAAAACGAAGCCGCCAACCUUAUGGGGUUCUCAAACGUUACAUUCUCAACUGUUACAUGAUUUGUCAUGCAAAAUGACCAUGACCCGCCAGACGAUCAAGCUGCUUCGCAUGACAAAUUCUCGGAAGGCUAAAUAGCACUGUAAUCCGGAUCAAACCUGUAAUGCAAGACGCGCAAGGUUCUCCCUCUCGCCUGUGCUAGUCUUGCAUUACAAAUUCAUGUAACAGUUGAGAAUGUAACGUUUGAGAACGCCACAAACCUGCUUGCCGGCCACAAAACGGGGCAGAACCCUGAAACCGGAGUAGGUUUGAUGACGAUGGCGGGGGAGCGGGCAGAGAUUCACCUGACGCCCACGACGGAUUUAGGCGCUUUUAUCGCGGCACUGUCGGAGAUGCAGAUCAAGGGGAAGGCGGAUUUGGUAAAAGCAAUACAAACCGCGACCUUGGCGUUAAAGCACCGGCAGAACAAGAACCAGAAACAAAAGAUCAUCAGCUUCGUCGGAAGCCCAGUGGAGGCAACGGUAUACUACGUAAUAUGAUUCCGUGUCGUAAAAAGCGUAACUGUGUCAUGCUCAUGCCGAAUACUCUAAGAACAAGUCGUCCAUUCGCUUUUUUAUAUGCGAACGGCGGCCAAGGCCAUAGAUGGUAAGUAUACGAAAAACAUGAAAACUAACACGACUCAAAAAACAGGAAAAGCAGCUGGAAACCCUGGGAAAGAACCUGAAAAAGAACAACGUCACGCUCGACAUCGUAUCUUUUGGCGAGAUCGAGGAGAACCGCCCAAAGCUCCAGAAACUGAUAGAUUCCUGCAACAGCAACGACACAAGCCAUCUGAUCGAAGUGGAAUUACCGAAGAUUUUAUCGGACGCAAUACUCAGCUCCGCGAUUUGCUUCGGUAUAAAGGAGUUGACGUUUUUGUUCUUAGAGACGUGAAGUUGCUUUUUACAUGGUAAAUUUUUCUCACGACGCACGUGUUCUGCGUUGUUCAUGCGUCUUGAAAAAACCGCAUUACAAACGAAACACGACAAUUCCAAAACCCCAGGCGAAGGCGGCGGUCCGGCCCCCGGCGCGGCCGGCGGGGACAACUACGAACUCGGUGUCGACCCAAAUGCGGAUCCAGAACUCGCAUUGGCACUGCGCAUCUCCAUAUGGAUUGCAAAUGUGUCUGGGUCUGGAAACUUGUAAUGCCAAAAGUGAAUGAUAGACGCACUGCAAUAAGCAGCUACGCAUGACAUUUUUUUUGGCUGCCAUGUGUUAUGUAUUCCGCAUGGCAGACUGCGUUUUUGCAUGACAUGUAAGAGGGCCUACUUUUCGUGCCUAUGCAACACAGAUUCUCGAGUCAUGCCAGACUAGCAUGACAGACUUGCACUCUUCCAGACGCAGACAUAUUUGCAAUGUAUACUCCAUGGAAGAAGCCAGAAGACGAGAGGAAGGACCGGGGGAAGGCGGCGACGCGGCAG